UUGUCAACGCCAUGCCGUUUGCUGAACAAACCCGAAAAACGACGUCGAGUCGCACCCUUUUACCUCCGAAAUCAAUCAAGCUAAUUCAGAAGCAGGAAGUAAAAUAGUUGAGAGCUCUGACGGCGAACCGAGUCGGAAAUGUCGGAAUCGUCCUCAACCCUCAGCGAGCUUCUCAUCCAAUUAUCGGAGCCAAUCUCCGAAUAUCUGAGCAAAGCUCAGUGCACUCAACCAGAGGGCACCAACGUCUCCUUGAAAGCCCUACUGGAACCUCUCCUCCCUCACAAACAAUCUCCACCAAGCCCUAACUUCAACGACACUCAACUCCACUCCUCAAUCAGGGACUUCACCUUCGCCUGUGCCUUACUCUCCUCCUCUCAAUCCUCAGUCCACGACCUCCUCUCAUGGAUCCCCAUACACCUCUCGGUCGCUGCAGACUUGGCCUUUCUCAAACUUUCAAAAGCAUAUUCCAUGGCUUACAGUAAAAAGAAUAACGAGAAGCUUUCUGAAUUGGGAUUAAAUUGUGGUUCGGUUCCUGAGGAGAAGAGGUUACUGAUAGAAUUGAUGCCUGAGGUUCUUCCAUUGUUGAAGAACAGGAUUAAGGAGAGCUCCAUCGAUAAAUCGGAAGAUUGCGAUGAGGUCUCAGCGGCCUCAGCGAGAGUGCCCGUUGGCUUUGCCAUUGCGGCUGCUUAUCAGUUUAGGUGGUUUGUUACACAGAUUGAUUAUCCUCAUUUGGGAAAGUUGUCUGCUUUGGUUAUUCCUUGUGCUUUAACGGCUCUCGAUCACUGGUCCCCUGAGAUCAAAGGGCAGGGCAUGCUUAGCUUUAUACAUAUUGCGAAAAAUGUUUAUGCUGCUGAGCUUGGUUGGUAUCAAGAUGUGAUUCUUGAUGCAUGCUGCCAGAAUAUUGCUUCUAGUGAUGAGAUAUGGCAUCUUGUGGUGGAGAUGUCCGUACUUAUUGUGACUUGUACCCAGCAAAGUAAUCCUCGUAGUGCAUGGUUUGAUAGGAUGCUAAACGAGAUGUUAAGUCACUUGGAGCGCCAACCUAGGAACAAGGAGUGCCGUGUUGCAUGGCUUCGUCAUAUAGAGCCACUUUUUAAUGGUGUUGGUCUGGUGUUACUAGCUCAUUUCAGGCGCAUUUUCCCUCUUUUCUUUCAGUGGAUGCAUGCUGAUGAUGACGAGACUGUUUUACUGGUUCUCAAACAGAUUGAAACAAUUAUAAAGUUAACGUGGAUUAGGAACACACAGUAUGUGGAAAGGUUGGUGGAUGAACUUGCUGCUUUGUACAAGGAAGCAGCAUUGAAAAGGUCUCGUGAAGAAAUUAGAAAUCUUGUUAUUCGGAUACUGAUCCUGCUCCACCAAUGCAAAGGUCUGCAGUUUGAAACAGUCUGGGGUAAGCACAGAGAUGAUCCAAACUUGGCAAGCAUUGUUCCCUCUUUGGGUGAAACAAAAACAACAAGGGUUGCCCAAUGAUCAUGUGGGAGAAAAGUUUAGUCUUGUUGUGUACAGAAGGAGAUGACUUGCAGAUGUGAAUAUGACUCUUGAUAACAUACAACAUUGUCUAUAUUGGCAGUUGGAUUGUAUUUGAAUAUGACCCCUGAAUUUCUCCCCAUUUUAAUCGUCACUUGAUCACUUGUAGCAA